AUGCCCAAACAGGAUAGCCAGGCACAAGACACCGCAAAGAAAGGCUACACGUCGCGGGACAGCACUGAUGGUCAUGAACAUGCGUACCCGGGCCAGCAGAAAGAUGAAGAAGGCGCCGAGAAGGCAGAAGCCGGCAGUGUCUCCAUCAACGUGGAUGGGAAAACCAUCGAAAUCAAAGAUCAGAUCCACAUGUACACGACGAACCGGCUUCUGUCUCAUCCUCUCGUUUCUCCAGCUCUCCAGCCGUCUCUUGGUGGUCUGCCACCACUGCUGGUUCUUACUGGCGGAGGCGAGAUGCUGCGCGAUGAGCAGAUCUAUCUUGCUCACAAAGCCGCGCAUCCCACCGCAUAUCCACCUGGCGAUGUUUACCUUGACGAGUACGAUCCGAACGGAGAGACCUUGAGCAAGUAUCCGCCUACAUGUGUCCAGCUCCAAGUCUGGGACAAUCUUUGCCAUGUCGCACCGACUCUCAGUUUCUCUCGCCCAGCAAAAUACAUGUUCCGUUCCAUUUCACAAUUUGGUGCGUGGGCAUUUGCUCAUGCGCAGAAUACGGAGAUUGAAAUCCUCGUCGAUAAUGACCCUGCUAUUUCCUCCCCCGAAGACCACACUUCGUCCUCAUCCGCGUCCUCCAUCUCCGGAGAUACAGAGAAAAACGCACCGCGACACGCCGUAGGCUCCAUCGGCAAAGCCGGCGACCCCCUACCCGACUUCGAGAACCACAUGAUCCGCCAACGAGUCGACAAACGCGGUCACGUCUACCCCCUCGAUCCGCCAUCCUCAUUCGAAGCUCUGCAGAUACCAGCCUCGCAAGUCGGUGCAUUCAACCCUGUACUCGUGAAGCGCUGGCUAGCCGCAAAACAGGAAUGGGAUGAUAAGUUUGCCAAAGAGAAGCUGCGUGUGCAGAAACAGCGAAUGGCGGAAUUGUAUUAUCAAUUCCAGAAUUUCAAGGACGAAACACCGCCGCCCAGCUCGCUGGCUGCAAGACGAGAAGCACCUGGUGUUCUGCCACCCAGACGCGAGAGGAAGAGUUAUCUGAUGAUGUUGUGGAGUCAUUGGGCUAGUAAGCAUGACAAGCGACUUGUCGGGAGGGUUGGGAAGGAAGGUGGUGAAACAAAGAGUGUUGUCGAUACCGGGCAAAUUGGUGCUUCUAGAGCUAGUUCAUCUUCAGAUGAGGGUGCAAAGCCUGCUCUGCCAGAAAAGUCCGCCGAACCUGUCUCUGGUGGUGCCCAGCCUACGGCCAUUACCGGCCCCAAGGGUAUAACAAUCGACGCCGAUGCGGCGAACGAAACUCUCGCCGAGCAGCGAAAGACACGCCCAACAAGCGAGCUUAACAGAUCCGAUUCCACUUCCAACCAACCGGGAUCACCGAUGACCUACAAAUCCUCCCUUGACAGAUCACUAGGCAGCCCAAUGUUAGUCCUCCCAGACUACGACGGCAAGAGGAACACACCGACCGAAGAAAAUGCAAGCACGCGCGCUCUCUUCCACGCAAAGGGAGCUCUCCCGGCCUCUGCCUCUGAUACCUCGCUAUCGAAGAUAUCUAAGUCCCACCGUCCUACUUCCUCGUACACCGGCUCACUCGCACCAACCGAAGACGCGAACAGUACCAUCGCAGACGAAAAGUCCCUCGCUGUCACCAACACGACCGGCGGAGGAGGCGCAGCUUACGAUAACGCGAGUACGCGGGCACUGCGGAAUUCCACCGGCGUGGUUGGCGCUAUUCCUCUUGCUUCUGGAAGUGGUCCGAAUUCUGCGCGUCAGUCCAUCGAUGCGCUUUCUCGUACUGCGAGUGAUAUUGAUGUUGUGUCGUCUGUGGGUGGUGCGGACGAAGAGCGGAAUUCGAUGGCCGGUGCUAAUGGGCGGCCGAAGAUGCCGGAGAGAGAUGUUUUUAGGACUGCGGAUGAGUUCUGA